UGUGAAGGCAGCCUGAGCUCCAGUGAGUCCUCGGCAGCUCUGCGCCUUUAAAUCUGCGCGCUCCUCCCUCUCCUCAGUGACAAACCCGCAGAGCCUCUUUAACGCAUCCAGUGGAAGUGACAAACCAGAGGCGCUCCACGGGGCCAGCAUGUCAAAUAACAACAAUAAUCAUGGGCUUUAGCAUCUGCGGCUCAUCCCAAACUCGCAUCCCGAUCGGACACUGAACGAGGCGUCUCCGGGGCCGCGUCGUGAGGGUCCGCGGACCCCCGUCAAAGUUGGAGUCGGAGUCGCCAAAUGGACGUCGAUGGACUGGAAUGAAAGCUCCACUUCUUGUGUCGGACUGAAGGAAGGAGGGAGAGAAGAAACCUCUGCAUGUUCAAGUUUCCUGCUCCGACCGGAGGGGCAUCUGUGCGUGCGUGUUGGAUGCGUGUGUGUGGAAGCGUGUGUCGGGUGCGCAGCAGCAGCAGCGGCGGCGGCGGUGGAGGUGGAGGUGGCCGCGGGAAGGGAAGUUUAGCGCCGUGAUUCUUUUUUUUUCCCCCUUUCCCCCCUUUUUCUAUUCUGUUGUGUUGUUUUCAUGUGGCAGCAGGGGACAGGCGGAUUAACGUUUCCCUGAUGAAAAUUAAUCAUCUGUUGAGAGGCUCCGCGAUCGUGACUAUGAUGAUGAUGUCGAGUAAGAGCGUGGAGUGGCUGCAGGAGGAGCUGGAGUCCGGGGCCGGAGCGCUGCUGCUGCUCGACUGCAGACCCCAUGAGCUGUACGAGUCCUCGCACAUCGAGUCGGCCAUCAACCUGGCCAUCCCGGGCCUCAUGCUCCGCAGGCUCAAGAAGGGAAACCUCCCCAUCCGCUCCAUCAUCCCCAACAACGAGGACAAGGAGAAAUUCGUCAAGCGCUGCAAGACAGACGUGGUGGUCCUGUACGACGAGGCGACCUCGGAGCGGCAGGAGUCCGGGCUGGGGAGCUCCGUGCUGGGCUUGCUGCUGCAGAAGCUCCGGGACGACGGCUGCAAGGCUUUCUUCCUGGAGGGGGGCUUCAACAAGUUCCAGUCGGAAUACCCCGAGCACUGCGAGACCAAUUUGGACUGCUCCUGUCCCAGCAGCUCCCCACCAGCUUCCGUCCUCGGCCUCGGGGGACUCCGCAUCAGCUCCGACUGCUCGGAUGGAGAGUCUGACCGCGAGCCGGGCAGCGCCACCGAGUCGGAGGGCAGCCCGUUGCCCAACAACCAGCCAGCGUUCCCCGUCCAGAUCCUGCCGUACCUCUACCUGGGCUGUGCCAAAGAUUCCACCAACCUGGAUGUGCUCAGCAAGUACAACAUCAAGUACAUCCUCAACGUGACGCCCAACCUGCCCAACAUGUUCGAACACGAAGGGGACUUCAAGUACAAACAGAUCCCCAUCUCCGAUCACUGGAGCCAGAACCUCUCACAGUUUUUCCCCGAGGCCAUUUCGUUCAUUGACGAGGCUCGCUCCAAAAAGUGCGGCAUCCUGGUCCACUGUCUGGCCGGGAUCAGCCGGUCGGUCACCGUCACCGUGGCCUACCUGAUGCAGAAGCUCAACCUGUCGCUGAACGACGCCUACGACUUCGUCAAGCGGAAAAAGUCCAACAUUUCGCCCAACUUCAACUUCAUGGGCCAGCUCCUGGACUUCGAGCGGACGCUCGGCCUCAACAGCCCCUGCGACAACCACUCGACCUCCCCGACGCACGACCAGCUCUUCUUCACCACCCCGACCAAUCACAAUGUGUUUCAGCUGGACACCCUGGAGUCCACAUGAAAAUCUGACUUUAUACUGUAAACCUACCUUUUUUUUUGGUAAAGGGGGCAGGUGGUCAAGGUGGCGUUGUUACCAUGGUAACCAGCGGCUGCACUGCAGGAAAAGCAGCCAGUUUUAAUGAAUGUUUUAGCCUCCCGUGGCUCGUUGUCUGAGAGCCUGGCCACGGAGCAGCUCUGGAAGCAACAGGACGGGUCACUGAUGCCACGUUAAACAGGGGGACGGGGAGUGUGUUUUUUUUCUUAACCCAGAGAGGGGAACUGUGGGUUUACAAUGGCGUUCCCCUCUGCGUUGAUUGAAAUCGAGGAACGAAACCUCAUCCUCCCCCACGCCCGAUCGACUCGUCUUGUCUUGUUCUCGAAGGACAAGGGAGACUUAACUGACUAAGAAACUGAACGGUCACAGCGGGACGGACAGCUUUAUACAAAGAAAAGGAAAAAUCUACAGCGCUCGAUUUAUGAGAUGACAGCAUCCUCUCUGUCUUUCUGUCUCGGCUCACGAGCUGAGCUGACUGGUGCCAAGUGGAGAAUCUGGGAUUUACUCAAAGGAAAUCUCGCUCUACUGAAUGUAGAGUUUUUAAAAACCAAGGAAUUAACACACAUUCGCGCGCACACACACACACACACAAAGUAUGUAUGUUCGUACUGUAUGUACUGUAUGUAUGUUAACGUACAUAGCAGAAAAUGUAUGGGCAGUCCUUAACAAAUUCAGUAUGUCUAUAUGCAUUUUUGUAUAUCUUUAUGUACAUUUACGCACAGAUCUAUACCUUAUAUAAAUAUAUACGCAUAGAAAUCUUAUCUUUGUCCAAAAACAAAGUAAUCCAAUCCAAUGAUGGCUUAAGAGAUUGUAAAACUAAAGAAGGGGAAUGGGUGUUGAGAUAGUCCUAGUUGUCUUCUUCUUUUUUUGGUUGUUUUUUUAGGUUUGUUUUUCUUUAGGUUUGUAAUGACCUAAUGCAGUUUGCACAGUGGUGUAGCCAUUGACUUGCUGGCACUUGGAGCCGGUGCUGGAAGCAGGCAGAUAAAGAGACAUUCAGAGGAGAGGAGUGGACAGAGGAGAGGCCAGUCCCAGGCUGCGACGAGUCCUGACAGCUGCACAGUGCCGUGGGGAGGGAGCAGGAACUGGGCCAUGAGCGAAAAGAGCGGGGCUAGGACCGGGUUAGGGGUUAGAUCGGACAACAUGGGGUUAGGAAUCAUUUAAACCAUGGGUGAGAAUGCUACUGCAGACUUGACACUCGGCCAGCUGUUUUUUAAGCGUGGUUCCCAGUUCCUUCUUCCUUCCCUAUAUGACUGUUCAUCCAGUUGCCUAACAAGAAGUACCAGUUGUUUCCACCAGCUGUUCUGACUAUUUUAAGUGUUUGUUUCAUUUCAGUUCAAAACGCUGAACUUCCGCGGUUGCUUCAUCGCGGAGGUUGUCUAACCAGUAUGUUUCGCCAAAGCUGUUUUUUAUCAGCUCUGACUCUUGCUCCUCGCAGACACUUUGGUGAGAUGUUAGGGGUUAAGGAUGGGGGAGAGGAAUGCAGCUAUUUUAGCAGCCUCGGGCAAAGAAGUACCUCAGCCUUCUUAUAUAACCUACAUUACAAACAUCCUGUUGCCCAAGAGUGAUCUGUUGGGUUUGUCGGCCUGCUUUUGGUUCAUUCUAGAGAGAUUUGCCAAAAUGGACUUGAGGACUGUGAUUGUGAACUGGUUUCUGGUGUUGUGGACUGGGACUGGCCUCCUCUUACAGACUGCACUUACUUACUUCAAUCACUUCAUGUCCCUCAACUGCAUCGAAAAGAAACUGAAAAGGAAGCUCUUUCUUAGUAGGGAUCACCCAUUUCGUCAAAGAAAGUUUUGUCUGAGUUGAUUCACCCUUAAGCCUUGGGUAUAUUAUAUGAAAGAUAUAUUAAACACAAAUGAAUAUAUAUAUAUAUAAAUAUCUAUAUUAUAGAGGUAAUAGUAAACAGAUCUAUAUUAUUUUGUAUACCUGAGCAUGCUGUGGUGCUGUAUGCUCUCUAACAGUAGACGUAACCACGGGUUGGAUGUUGCUUUACCAGGUGGGAAGACGAAACAAUGAGGACUGUUUUUUUAACUGCUGUUGCUGCUGAACACAGCGGCAUACAGCGUGUGGUCAUGGCGUUUUCUGAGACUCUGUCCACAUCUGUAGCCUCUAAACUUAAGGAGAAAUAUGGUUUGGUUCGGAAUCCUGCAGUGACUCAAAGAAAUAUUCCCAAAAAAAACGGCCUAAAUUGUCUACUGCAGCAGUUUUUCUUCUAAUUCCAAAUUAAUCAAACUUAAGGUAACACCUGUGAGUACAUUGGGCAUCAGGAAAGAACAUUUUCAUCUUCUUGCACGUCAGUUUAACCCGAUGGUUCACGCUUCAUGUGUAAAAAUGCCACGUUCUGGGCAAAAAGCAGAAUGUCACUCUGCAGAGCGUGAAGAAAUGAGCAGAAGAAGACACGACAAACUGAGCAGUGACAGUAUUUGCAUUAUGAGACCGGAGAAAAGAGAAAUAGCUGAUUAUUGUGAUCGUCCAUAGUGUGACAGAAAUACAGUUAGAUGCCAAAUGAGAGAAAAGCUGCAGGUGGUGUUUGGUGUCAGGUGUAACGGAGGAUAUUUAGCUUGACAGUCACCAGCAUAAAGACACAAAAGAGGCAGCUUUGGAAGCAGCAAAUGGAAAAAUAUUUUUACAUGAAUGUUACUUAUUUGAGUUGAUGUUGGUAGCAUAUGUAAUUUCCAAAUUCAUAAAGUAUUACAGUCCAGCCUCAGACGUCUGCACUCAUGCAACAGGGAAGAUGAAAUUCUACUAAUGAGAAAACAAUGAGAAAACAAAAGGAGGCGUAUGUGUGAGUAGAGGAGUAAAUCCACAGAAUAAGUCAUAAAAAAGCAAUGCAAGACAAAAACACUUGGCUCUAAUUAGUUUAUUAGUGAUGUUUACAACAUUACAGGGCUUCUACAGGCCUGUAAUGUACAAUAACCAGUAUGAUCUUAGAAGUGUUUCUUACUUGAGGUCCAAUGUUCACGGCAAGCUUUCAAAGAUGUGGACGGGGUCUAAACAGAAACACAGAACUGGGUUUCGGAGGGCACAGCAGUUGAAUCUGAAGAGGGUUGGUUUUAGCUGGCCUUAUAUAAUCUUUCUAACUUGUUUCUAAUGCUGACUGUUCAAUACUCUUUGUAUCUCACUUUAGAAAAGAAAAAAAACAUUGUGUGGAAAAAAAAAGUUUGUUAUCUGUUAUUUGAAUAAGAACACGGUCAUAACAGACGGCAAGCUGUCUUUUUACCGUUAACGGGUCACACGAGGUCCUCUUUGUUACUCUGCAAUAUAUCAAAACACCCUUUUUGCAGUAUUUUGUAGAUCGACGACCUCAAACGUUUUUAAAUUCUUCUUCUUUUGUACUAUAUCUAUUCUAUAUAACUAUACAAGAUCCAGCUCGAUUAUGGCUUAAGGACUGAAGUAACAUUUCACCUGGGGUGUCCAAAAAUGUAGGGCCAGUGUGUCUGCUACCAACCCUGAAAGAAGCUCUCGCAAACACACUUACAGACACACACGGCUUCACACAGCCGUGGGUCAGCAUGCCACUUAGGUUUCACAAUAGACAAUUCCACCACCCGGCUUAAAGAAUUACAAGGUAUUUUUCGUCUUGUUUUGAUAUAAUGUGCUCUAUGCUAUUCCUGUGGCCUUUCAAUAUGAAUAUAUAUCUCAGUAUAUAUAUGUUAUGAAUUUAUAUGCAAAAGUUCCUCUCCUAUUAUAGCAUCAGAGAUGAAAAUAAUACUACCAUGCUUGAAUGGACUUUUCCUCGUCUGGAGUCACAUCCCACUUACAAUAACAAAAAAAGUAAAAAAUACACCGAGGACUGGAUCACUUGCACCCUAGGAUUGAAAUAUAUUUCAGUACGGAGCUUUUCUAUUUAAAUAGAAAAAGAACACGGUUGAUUUCAAGCUGCUUUCUUGUGUUUUUGUGUCUUUGUAACAAUGAAAGAGAAAUCAAAGUUCUCUGUUUGUACAUUUGCCAGAUCACGGGAACGGGCGUUUCUGUGUCCUUAAACUUGUAGCUACAUCUUUGGUAAGAAUGUUGCUUCGAGAGGGAAAGACGUGAAUGAGCGAGAGCGGAGCCUGAGGAGAGACGGGGUGAAAUACAAAGCGAAAGAAAAAGUGAAUGAUUUUAAAAAUGUUACCUCAGUGAGGAAUUUUUCAGGGAUUUUUUUGACAAUGCAUCUUGCAUCGUGUUACAGCUUCAAAGUCACGUUGAAUAGCUGUUUUGUAUUGUGCUGUAAACAGUUUUUAAAAAAAAGAUAAGAUGCAAUCUGUCUGUGUAUAAAAACAAGGGGCAUGUUAACCGGGGCAGUUUCUCCUUUCUGUCUACUGAAGGAAAUACGAUUGACCCUAUGUAUUGUACAGUAUAUGGAAACAACACAAGACAUGUUUAUACCGCAAAUAAAUAUUGAAAUAUUUUUUUCUUUAA